UCGGGAAAAGCAACUCUCGCGCGCCUUUCUCAUCAAAAACAGAAAAACGUUUCUCCGACGAUCAGAUCUACCGUUGUGAAGAAAAGGGUUGUGUGUUGUGCUACCUCUUGUCAAAUCGCACGCGCGCCAGCAUUUCAUCUUUGUGCGUGCAACAUUGUGAAAGUUGAUGACCUGUGUCGUUUAUAACAGAUGUGGUUAGAGAGUGUCAGUACGUGUACUGGAAUGCGCAGUGUUCUCGGAUUUCUCUAGCAGGCGCCGAACGAAGCCAGGCAGGUUGCCGACAAGAAGAACAUGGCGUCGCAUCACUACCGAGGCGGACCGCAUUCACAGACUGACUGCCAUCAUAUCACGGACGCCCCUGGGUUUCCAAAUCAAGAUUACCACACUGCAGCAGCAUGCUGUUGCCUAACAACGAGUCUCUCUGUCCUUCUGCGGUUUCGUAACAUUCCCGUUACGAUCCGAGUAUAGACCAACCCCCUUUUGUGUUCGUAAUACGGUUAUCCUCUGAAAUGAGCAUGACUGAGGCCUCGCGCGUUAAUCCUGGUGAAACAGAACUGUUUCCUACUUAGCAUAUCGCAGCGCGUAGUUAAGUCAUGCAAUUCGCGCCAUAGAUAUAAAAAUUUGAGUAUUUUUAAUCUGGUCAUCAAGAGCGCAAGAUGGGUAAAAAAACUCUUCGCCAGGCGUCACUACGAGUUGUCAGGGACACAUCAUCCUCAUCUUCGGCAGAGUUGAAGGGAAAAGUCAUGUAGACUUCUCAAGCAGCCAGAUGCUUACCAUCGCAGUGCUGGUGAGCGUGGGGUUGAACGCUGUGCUCGGCAUGCCCGGUAGCUGCCCUCAGGUCUGCAGUUGCAAGUGGAGUGGCGGCAAACAGACAGUCGAGUGUGCGGGUGCUGGACUGUCUUCCGUACCAGACGCCCUAGCCCCGUCAACGCAAGUGCUCAACCUCACGGGAAACGUCUUGCAACGACUCGCCAGCAGAGAGUUUCAACGGGCUGGACUCGUUCACCUGCAGCGUAUCUACCUAUCUCGGUGCGGCGUUGUCCAGCUGGCCAAAGACGCCUUCUACGGCCUAAGCAACCUCGUAGAACUGGACCUCAGCCAUAACUUUUUAACAGCUCCACCGGAGUUGCCGCACUGCGUUCAUCUACGCAGACUACUGCUUAGUGCGAACCCAAUCCAUCGUCUCGAGGCGACGGCCUUUGCGGGGCUCAGCAACCUGGUGACGCUGGAGCUCAGCGGGUGUCAAUUAAGCAGCCUAGACACGGCUGCGUUUCGCGGAUUGACAUCGUUAGCGUUUCUUCGACUGGACGGUAACAGACUACGUGCUCUUCCACCGGACAUAGCGGACGCUCUGCCCCCGUUACACGCGCUGGACCUCAACGACAACCCGUGGAAGUGCGACUGUACGUUAAGACGAGUCCGGCGUUGGAUGGAGGAACACAACGUUCCUCUGUCGGCUCCACCCAUGUGUGACGCACCCCCUCGCCUAGCAGGGAUGUCAUGGGACAAGCUCGACGUUGACGACUUCGCCUGUUCCCCGGAGGUGACCGCGCUGGACGCCAGGGUGACCGCUAGUGAGGGUGACAACGCUACUUUGAGGUGUGAAGUGACUUCCGAACCUUCGGCUCAAGUUCGGUGGAUCUGGAGAAGCAGAAAAAUCGGAAACUUGUCUCUAAUGUCGUUCGGAAGACAAAUGUACUUAAUUAGAGAAGGAGAUAGCGGGCCGAUACGGUCGAGUACCUUAACUAUCAUUAACGUUAUGCUCAAAGAUAGUGGCCGAUAUCUGUGUGUUGCGGGUAAUAGAGCGGGUACGGUGACAGCCAAUGUUACUCUGAUCGUUCGUCCUCGGUCGGCUGCCGAGUUAGCGGGUCUCACCGGGGCCGAGAUAGGUGGCAUCGUUGUCGGUUUGAUGCUUGUGCUGGCCAUACUCCUAGCAGCAGCAUGUGCCCUUGCGUUACAAUCACGGCGGCCCGAACGAAAAGGUCUCGCAUCCUGUUGCCAACACAAAGACUUUCAAUCAACAAAGGAGAACCACGUGCCACUGAGGGACCUGUUGGAUACGAAAGGGCAUGACUCCAGCGAAGAUGAAGCAGACAGAGUGCAGGUCCACGACUCGGGUAAUGGCGGCUACCACUCGGACUCGGCCGCUGCGACGGACUGCAGCAGCCCGGCUCCACUUCUAGAGAAGCGCUCGACCAAAAGAGCGACCUCCGACGCCAACUACGGCGGGGGAGGAUCCUCUUCGUCGUCUACAGAGGCUUCAGUCAAGUCUCCAGCGGGUAUCGUGGCGGCUGUUCUCAGAGGGGAAUACCGGACUUCCAAGGGGGGUUCCACCGAGGACUCGGGAGUGGACGCGGUGAGAGUGAGUGAGAAACUGGGUACCGCCAGACACGAACAGGUGUGUGCCACGCAUUGGAAGAGGGGAAACGGUGCUGUGGUAGCGAACCCUCUCUAUCUGGCUCUGUCGCCCGAAGCGAGAGACUCGCCGGACGAAGGACUCGGGGAUGAGAGGGAAUACGAGACGGAUAUCCUCGACUGAGAAAGAAAUGGCUUCGAGGGAAGCAUCGUCGACUACAGAGGAGGUCGACAUCAGUGUGGUGGUGAACACGUGAUCACGUUGUGCAGCGGAUUCGAUGACGAGACGUCACUCAAUGGCUGUGUCAAAGCAAUCUCAGGGUGCAAUUUUCACCCGUUGAUUUUAACCAUCCCAUUUAGCAUUUUUUUGGGUCGCGUAUUUUUCUGUGCGUGUUUUCGUUUGUGUUGUAUGUCUGUUUUGGUGACAAAAGGUGACAUUUAUUACGCAGAUUUAUUAUUUUAAGAAUUGAAGGGCAAAACCCGGUGCGAGAAGAAACGUUCAUUUACACGACCAUCGUAAAAAAUCCUUUAAAAACAAACAUGACAGGGUUUAAGCAGAAAACCAGAACUCUGUCGCGCAACCACUCCUCCGCCUAAUGACGUCGAUCCUCGCCAUUCCACUGAAAAUCCACGAGGACGACCUGUUAUAAAAGGGCGUAAGCCACGCAAAAUCAUUUAGUCUUCAGGCACUGUGUCAGUAAAAGUAGAAGGAGGGGCAGAUCCUAUCUUGCUUUGGCUUAGGCCGAAAAACUGCGAAGCAUGCAACUAUACGACGAUUUAGGUAAGGAUACAGAGUCAUAAAAAGGCGACAGCGUUCGGGUGUUGUUCUCCAACACCUGGGACAACGCUACCCAAAUCCACGUCUGCCUUCCACUGCGGCUCGUUUUACGACAGCCUGGUUUAGUCCCCCGCCCCCUCAAGAAAGUACUAAAAACAGAGAAGAAGGUAUGGCUUUAGCCCGCCAUCCUUCCAAGAACCGUUUUUGCUUUUAUCUCAUUAGGCUACACGUAUUGAGGGAGGGGGAACGAGAGAAAGGGGAAAAAGAGUGUUGAAAAGCCAAAUGGUGUUCCUCGGGUCGAUGCAAAUAAGCAGCUCGGCGGUUGCACUCAGAAUGGCGGGGCCUUGUGUUUGCGUCUCUUCCCCCCCCCCCCCCGUGUAGGGAGGAGGUUCCCUUAAUGACCGGCCCGGGGCCUCUACAGCCCUUAGGGCAAUCCACCUUUUUUUUUUCUCUCUCUCUCUCUCUCCCGAUGUCUUUUUUUUCUUCUUUCCCCUCUACACUAAUGGCACCCUUAUUUAUAGAUCCUUCUGUCAAUCGAAUGACGUCAGGGCCAGGACGACGGUUACGUUUCAGUGUGGGGAACAUGUAGGGAGCCACAAAUGACUAGAAAGAGGUUGGCAUGGAAUUCAGCAACGCAGUUGCCUUUGUUUCUUUGUUCCGCUUUGCCUUUGAAGAGGGGACGCUAAAGGAUUUCCGAUUUUGAAUGUCGUCUCCUCUAAGACAGCCAAAAGGGACUUUUAGGAAAACCGUGAUCACCCUCAGAUUCCCUUUUCCGUAUCGCUAUCAGCCAAUCAGCUAUUGCUACGCAGAUAGCUGAUCGGCUGAUAAGAGUUACGGAAAACGAAUCGGAGGGUGCUUACGGUUUCCCAAAACUCCCUAAAGAAUAUUCGAAACUUCUUUUCCUCCCUCUCCCUUGCUGGUUCCCACGAGUUAUUCGGGAAGACGUAACAUAUGUUGUUGCCAGCAGUACCCGAGGCUACGCAACUCUUAUUAAUCUAAUAUCUUUGUUUAAUAACCAUGGCCCUUGGGGGCAAGACAAUUCGCGCGCUGCUGCAUUAUCGACGACGAAGAAUAACGAAGGCGACACGUGGGCCAACGGGCGGCACAUUUUCGGUUACAGUUUGCGGGUAUCGCGGGUACUAUACAUCACGAGUCUUGGGUGUCAAUCGUGAGGUCAGCACUUCGGUACCGUUUCUCAAUUAUGACUGAACAUUGUUGACUCAGUUGUCGACUUGGUUGGGGAAAAUAAAGCAAAUCAGUAAAUUAAGGAUAUCGGGAGUGGCAAGCUAAAACGAUAAGAAAGAUGGGCUCACUAAUUUUGUGACUCAUCUAAUCAGUCAACAAUACAACAUUAUUCUCCCAUCGGGAUUUGCCAGCAUUUCUGUCUUUUGAGAGACACCAACUUAUUUCAGUGCGUACUUUCAGUCCCCUUCGGGUUCUUUUCGGCACUUCCAGUACAUAAUAGGACCCUAUGUAUGUGCCUUUCACUGGCCGUGUGAGUGCGCUUUUCUGUACUUUUAGUAUGUUACAUGAUGGGAAGAGCGUAAAUUUCGGUACUUCUCUUACUUCUAAAACCUUACAAGAGCUUCAGCCUGUACAUUUCAGUACUUUUAGUACUUUACAGGACCUGCACUGUGUACAUUUCGGUACUUUCGCUAAUUUUGGUACCUUGCAGGUCCUCAAAUGCGGGCACUUCAGUACUUUUGAGUACCUUGUUUUAAGAUUUAAAUACGUACUCUCUGGUACUCUGUGUUUUACGAAGGAUUCAGUGCGUACUUUUCGUAGCCCGUUUCAUUGUAUGCUUUUGAAUACUUUCAGCAUCAUAGAAAACCUGAACUGUGUACUUACAUAAGCCAUUGUCCUAUACAUGUUUAGAACACUUUUUGUGACCUGCUGAAACAAUCAACCAACAACCAUAUCACGGCGUGGAAGACGGCGACCAGGAGAAAAAGCUGCACAUCGUGGACACCUUCUUUGUUGUUACUACAAAAACCGACUCAAAUAACUUGCCAAACAAUAAAUCCCCGUUUAU